AUGCUCGAUCCAUUUGCAGACGAUUCGUCGUCCACAAAUGAAGAAAUCCAGCGUCUUUGGGAGAAGCUUGACACCAUGGAAUCUUCGGGCCAACUAGAACGAGAGGAGCAUCAAUGCCACCGCGAAGUGUCUACGCCACCGCCAUUUGCCGAAAUGUCUUCACAAAUAACACCAAUGGUUGUGACUACCGACAGCAAGGCAAAGCAGAAAGUUGUCGGCGAACAACAGCAACAACAGAGUCUGGAAAAAAUGCCGAAAUUGCCACCAUUCUAUCAAACGCUUUCUUUGGAUUCUUCGUCUUCCUCCUCCUCAUCCCUUCCAAUUGUAUUGAACAAGGACAAAAAGGAGCCGAAAAAAGAAAUAAGAGCCACCGAUGGCCACCACAAGAACGAGAAGGGAGAACGAAGCCAGCAAAACCAAAAAGCUCAAGUUCUUUCCAAAAUGCCAACGAACUACACUGUAACUAAUUGUGAACCGAAGUCGGGAGACUCGGACUCGUCGACCACGACAUCUUCUGACUCGUCUUCGUCUUCCUCCUCCGCAAGUUCCUCCUCGUCGUCUUCCGAGGAAAUUCCCGCAAGGGUCGCUGUCAAGUCCGAGCCGCCAAUGACGGUGGAGGUACAUUCAGAAUCUACUGGAACAAUGAUUCACAGUCCACUGUCCAUGCCGCAGUUUGGGACCCAGUCACCAGCACCCAUCAAGGCAAGAAGCGUCAAGAUGGAAACAAAGAGUACUGCUAUUGAAAACAUAACAAGUCGCAAGUCAAUGGUUGCUAGUACAAAUGGAGACAACAAACUAGCAAUUAUCAAGAAUCCGUACAUGUCGCGAAAGAAGCAAACCAAAGACGAUCAAAAGUCAAAAAGUUCUAAACUAAUUACUUCAACGGCUAGUCUUCCAAGAAGUCAAUCAUCGUCUCCCUUUUUCAAAGAGACAGUCCUGGCAUCGAAACAACAGCGAGGCGAAAUCAAAGUUGCUGCUCCCAGCAUUACCAACAAGGAAAACAAGAUUCCAAACAAGAAUACUGCAAAAGAUGCCACCAACUCAGCAUCUACUUCUGAAAGCGAUUCGUCGUCUUCUCCAUCUUCGAGUCCGCCCAAAAGAGCCAAUCCAAUUGAUAGUUUGGAAAAAGUCAAUCAACUGAAUCGAGGACCUGACCCACUUGACGUGAUGAUUCAAGACUACCAGCCAGAGGCGGAACCAUCUCCCGAAAUUGACCCAUCGUUGCUGGCGCCUCCUCGCUACAAGGAAAAGCCAAGACCAGUGUUGCACCAAUUUUCGCUGGAGAAUAGACCCCUCCAAAGUCGCACCAAGGUUUCGGUUGCCACUCUGUUUCCAGCUCCCAUGAAUCAGCUCUGGAGAAACAAAUUCAAAGACUUCAAUCAUUUGCAAUCCGAAGUUGCCAACAUGCUGUGUCACAGCGAUGACAACAUGGUAGUAUCAGCACCCACCGGCGCUGGGAAAACGGCCAUUUUUGAAAUGGCAUUGGCUCGAUUCAUUUCGAGGGACUUGCAAUUCCAUAGACCCUUUACUAAUGGACCACCAAGCAUGUCCAAACACCGCAAAGUGGUGUAUUUCUCCCCGAGCAAGGCCCUUUGCGAAGAGCGAUACGAAGACUGGUCACAGCGUUUGUCGCAAUUACAAUUGGGCAUUGAAGUGUCAAUGAUUACUGGUGAUGCCGAGCCUGGUCGUAGCUACCAUGAUCUUGCCAACGCUCAUUUGAUUCUGACCACUCCUGAAAAGUGGGAUUCCAUCCUUCGCAGAUGGACAGAGCAUUUCUUUCUCGUGGCAUCGGUCAAACUGCUCCUACUGGACGAAGUCCAUCUGUUGGGGGAUCCUAGUCGAGGCUUUUGUCUCGAGGCAGUCAUUACUCGCAUGAAACACAUCCACAGCGUCUCGCAAAAAGUGCAAAUCUCUCAAGCUGGUUUGUCCUCGACAAGCUACAAGAACACAAGCCCUGAGGCCAUUUCGGCAUGUCUGAGAAUCAUUGCAGUGUCGGCAACCCUCCCCAACAUUUUGGACGUCGCUGAAUUCUUGGGUGCAAAUGAGGCAUUUUCUUUUGAUGAGAGCUAUCGUCCAGUUCCCCUUGAGACUCGGGUUGUUGGCCUAGGGUACAUUGGCAAGAAUGAGUACCGAUUCUGGACCAAUCUUGAUGAACAGAUCCCACACUUGAUUGCCCGAUAUGCUGACCGAAAGCCAACCUUAAUCUUCUGCCACACUAAGAAAGAGACAGAAAGUCUUGCAAAGCAUCUGAUUAGCAAGAACUUUGGAAACAACUCGAAUACAUCGGCUGCACCACCAGGCUCUGUUCAAUACUGUUUGGAUAGCGGGGUCGCCUAUCAUCAUGCUGGUGUUCAGGCAUCGGAAAGACGCAGCAUAGAGAGAGCAUUUGCAAACAAAACGCUGCAAUGUCUUUGUGCAACCAGCACUCUCGCGGUAGGUGUGAAUCUUCCAGCACAUUUGGUCAUUAUCAAAGGUACCAGAACUUGGAGAGGUGGAGGCGCAGGGUAUCAAGAAAUCGAUUCCCGCUCUCUUCUCCAGAUGAUCGGUAGGGCCGGCAGACCAGGCUUGGAUACCAGUGGAACGGCGAUCAUUAUGACCGACAAUGCUUCCAAGCUAAAAUAUGAGAGUCUUGCCCGAGGUCUAGGCUCAGCCGAUAGCCAAAUGAUCCCAAAGCUCAUCGAUGUUGUCAACACUGAGAUUUCUCAGAGAGUCAUACAAAACAUUGAUGAUGCUGUCCGGUGGCUCAAAACAACGUUUCUAUUUGCCUGCUUGAAAGGAAAUCCUCCAAGAUUUGGAGUAGACUUGCAGUCACAAACUCUUGAUGAUUUCAUUUUGAGUCAGUGCUCACACGCAAUAGAAAGCCUUUGCAAAUGUGGACUGGUUGGGGGAACAGACAAUAUUAUCCCUCUCGCAGGUUCUCACAUCAUGAGCCAGAGCAUGGUGCCCUUCGAAUCAAUGAAAAUGAUAGCCGCACUACCGUUUGAUGCGACCCAAUGUCAAGUUCUUCGCAUGCUUUCAAGUAUGGAAGAUCUUCAUGUCCCAGUACGACGACUCGAAAAGAAACCUCUGAAUGCAUGCCAUAAAUCCGAAGCAAUCAGAUACAAGCUUGAAGGACCAUUGAGCAAGGUCAGAAUCCAAGAUCCUAGCGAGAAGGCAUUUGUGUUGUUGCAGGCAUAUAUUGCACAUGAAGAGUUUGAGAACUACACACUUCGACAAGAAAUGUCUACGUUGGCAGAUACAGCACAAUGUGUUCUCAUGGCCGCGCAAGAGCAUAGUACCAGGGGGUCAAUGCACGGUCAAGUCGCGCUGCAAUGCUUGAAGCUGCGAAGGUCGUUGCAACUUUGUCUCUGGGGAGAGUCAAGUGGCGUUCUGAAUCAAAUUCAAGAUAUUGGUCAAAAAUGUACUGCUCAACUGAAGAUGAAUGGCAUUGUUUCGUUUGAACAGGCGAUGGCUGCAACCGAAGACCACAUUGAGAGAGCAAGCGGGCGACCUAAACCGUUUGGCAAACGCCUUCACACAAUCAUUUCAAAGAUCCUCCAAGAAAAGCUCACCAUGACAGCCGAAAUAGAGUAUACGAGGGAAUCCAAUAUUCCAGCCUCUGUUCAGUGUCAUCUGCGUUUUCCGAGCCAAGUGCCGUAUAAUUCCAAUUCCGAGAAGGCCAAAGUCAAUUAUACAUUGCUUUCGUACACCGACCGACCAGGUUCAAUGCUCUUCUUUCAAGAUGGCAUUACUGGUCCUGGAUCGUAUCGAUUUUCUUGUCCAACAAACUUUGGCAAAAUCUUUCUCCAUCUAUUCUCUUCGGUUGUUGGACUAGAUGCAAAUUGUAUUUUGGGUGGAAAUCAAAAAGCGCAACCGUCAACUUUUGUACCAUCGUCAAAGAAAGUUCCACCGAAAAGCAUCAUGGCGUCUGGGAAGAAGCAGCAACAGAAGAAGAUGCAGGAUUUUUCAAGUUCUCAAACGUCGAAAACAUCAAGAGUAAAGGACAGUCGGAACCAUGGCAAAGCAAGAAACAGUCCUUUUCCGCCGCAUUCAAACGGCAGCGGCAGAAGCCAAGGGCGAGCCCCUUUAGGCUCCAAAACUUCACCCAAAGUUGCUCGAAAUGAGGCGAUGCGACGGGGGACUAAAGCAGCUACCCCACCGACUCAAAUGCUUCCAAAAGGAUCCAUUCGAGUCUUACAGAAUACUGGAGGCUACAUUCAGAACCCAUGCUCUCAGAAUGUGCCUGACAAAAUAGAUAGAUGUCAUCCCGAAGACGAUUUUAUCAUACAGGUACCAUUGGUCCCAUCGAUUAUAAGAGAUUCCAGACGACAUGCCGCUGUCGUUCCGCCUCUGAUACAUGGGCGCGUGCUUCAGGAAGAUAAAUCUAACAAACGUAGCAUGCCACCUCCCUGGCAUCAAACGAAACGAAAGCAACAGCGUUCCCAACAACGAGCGUUUGCGUCUAAGCGGGACAACCCUUUCGCCCAUUUCCAACAUGAUCCUAACGAUGCGGAAUCUUACUUGGAGGGGCUCAGCUUACAAAGCCAAAGUCCAAGGAGAUUUCAAAAUUCCCUCAUUCCUCAAUCAAGACUGGACCACCUUCAACAGCACUCGAAUCAAGUCAACAGACCACCACGCCAAACCAAGACAUGGGGCUUCGGACGCCACAGAAUGGAUCGACGACGAAGAAACAAUGGCGUCGGUAAGCCAUUUUCAAACCAAGAACUGCUCCGAAUAAAGGCCGACGAAUCUCAAGCUCAGUUCGCAGCUCGCCGAUGGAGUCAUCCCAACAGAGAAGUGGAUUCUAUUGAAUACGUGGGAGCUCCAAUUGUGAACAACUCAUAUUCAAAUUUCGAGCACUCGCAGACGGCACACGACACUUCUUGGCUACAUGACCAUCGACCACCGAUGUUUGAACAGCCAUUCGACCCAAGAUUCCAACCAUCGAUUGCACAGCCAGAAGCGUUCACAGUCCCAAUCACUCAGACAUAUCAAGGAUUCGUGCAAGAAGAAGUGUCUGGUAGUGAUAUGACCUGGGGAUCUCCUAACGACCCAUCACCCGGUUCAUCGUGCGAAUCGACCCACCAAUAUUCGCACUUGCCAAACCAACAGCUUGCGCAAUCAUCCCAAAUCGUUCCACCAUCUCAAAGUAGUGUGCAGAUUAUUCCAAUUUCACAACUCAAUCAAAGAGGAUGGUCUCAACAAGCUGAUGAAGAAUCGCAAUUCAGAGAAGUUUUUUUCUAG